AUGUCUCGAAAGUGUGUAAACAAUCCAGAUCAGUUUUGUUACGUGUGUGGUGAUGUGACUUUUGCGUCUCAGAGACGGUCUAUUACUCCACUAAUAACAAAGGCAUAUCAGCUUUAUUUAGGUUGUAAACUAGGUGAUCAAGACAAACAGUGGGCACCCCAUAUCCGCUGUAAUACAUGUGCUUCAAGUCUGAGGAGCUGGUUAAAUGGCAAAAAACGGUCUAUGCGCUUUGCUGUCCCAAUCGUUUGGAGAGAGCCUACAAAUCAUAUUAAUGAUUGUUACUUUUGCAUGGUACCUUGUGUUGGACAAGCCACAGGUAUGUCCAAGAAAAAAAAAUCGGUUAUUAACUACCCAAACAUACCAUCUGCGAUGAGCCCUGUGCCUCACAGUGACGAAAAUCCUAUUCCAAAACCCCCAGAAUCCUACACUUGCGAAUCAGAAAACGAAUCAGAUCAUGGCGAUCGAGUGAUUCGUCAGGAAGAAGAUAUGCCAUCAACGUCAAGAGAUCCUGAUUUUAUACCGAGCACGUCAUGCCACCAACCGCACAAAAUAAAACAGUCAGAAUUAAAUGAUCUUGUAAGAGAUUUAGAACUUCCAAAAUGUAAGGCAGAGUUACUUGGAUCAAGACUGCAGCAGUGGAACUUGUUAGAAGACGAUGUUUCGGUAUGUGUUUUUCGUAAACGCCACAAAGACUUAGAACCAUGUUUCAAUAUCGAGAAUAACUUGGUUUUCUGCAGUAACAUUAACGGCUUACUGGCGGCUUUAAAUAUAAACUAUAACCCAGAAGAAUGGAGAUUGUUUAUAGACAGUUCAACAUUGAGUUUAAAGGCACACCAAUGGCAUAUUUGUGGCGAUUUGAAAGUUGUUGCACUUUUACUUGGACUGCAGCUAGGCUACACAAAGUUUUGCUGUUUUUUGUGUGAAUGGGACAGUUGGGCAAAGGCACUUCAUUACACCAAACAGAACUGGCCUGUUCGUCAAUUCCUAGAGCCAGGUCAAAAAAAUGUACAGCAUAUGCCAUUAGUAGAUUCGAAAAAAAAUUUAUUACCACCACUGCAUAUCAAGUUGGGCCUAAUGAAAAACUUUAAAUUUCCAAGACUAAGUGAGGCAAAGGUUAAAGAAGGUAUUUUUGUUGGGCCACAGAUUCGAAAUAUUUUGAAAGAUACACAGUUUGAAAACACUUUAACAGGUAUUGAAAAAACUGCUUGGAAUGAUUUCCGUCUGGUGGUCACUAAUUUCUUGGGAAAUAGAAAAGCUGACAACUAUAAAACCCUUGUCAAAAAUAUGCUGUCAUCGUAUCAAAAGAUGGGCUGUAAUAUGUCUCUUAAGAUACAUUUCCUACACUCACACCUGGACUUUUUUCCUGACAAUUGCGAAGCCGUAAGUAAUGAGCACGGCGAACACUACUGUUGGACUCUUGGUACAGAUGCUCCAGAAACGAUCCAUAAAAGAACAGCAAAAAGUCAGCGCAUAUAG